CUUUGGUUAAAGUGUGUACGUGAGGACGAUAUCGAAUCGCAACGAACAGGAAAGUGUGUGCAUCGUUUAUUAUUGUUUUCUUUUAUCCUUUGGAUUGUGCACCGGCAGCAGUGCAAUUUCGCUUUCUUCGACUUGUUACCGGAGCAAUCACUUAGCCUGAAACAUAGAAGCACGCGUUCUGUUCCGAUUACAUCACAGCGAUCACUCGAAGGGGUGUGCGCGCGGUACAGCGGCCGACGGCGUGUUCGCCGAGCCAGGGCCACGGCGAAGCAGGCUCCUGUUUCCACUGUAUCCUGAAGUGAAAACAGUCUUCACAAAUGAUCGGCUUCAUCUCGUCCCGAGAGUAAAGAAAAAAGGGUGGUUUCUGGAACUGAACGUACAAUCGCUAUCGGCGCAGGAUUGUGGCAGUAGUAGUAGUUGAGUAAAACUAUCGCUGUGGUAUUCGUGCAACUGGACAGAAGCGGUUGCGGGAAGUAGAGAGGAGAAGUGGCAACGAACAACAGGAACAGAAAUCCCAUCUUGUGAAGUUUCAGAAGAAUCUUGGGAAGAGAAGAAAUUCUUCACAUACACAGGGCAUUGCUGAAAAAUUAUGUCACAGCGUGACCGGGAAUCUUUCAUUCACUUAUUCGCUGGAGGUAUCGCUGGUACUGCUGGCGCCGUAGUGACAUGUCCGUUGGAGGUGGUAAAAACGCGUCUGCAAAGCUCAUCGUCGUCGUUCAUCCACGCUGCCACCGCUGGUAGACAUGCGUUUGCCGCCGAUGGAGGGAAACUGACCGAUCACCACCACGUACGCCACGUGUCUGCCGUGAACAACGCGGCCUCAUCGGCAUCCGAUCGGCACCACAGUUCAGCACGCCACCAGGCAAGAGUAUGCGCUAGCUCGAUUCUGACCCGUCGUCGUCCUUCGAUCCUUGCCAUUCCGCAGUGUGGAUUGUCGACGUCGGUGCAAUCGAUCAGCAUCUGGCAAUGCCUGAAGCACAUCGUCCAAACCGAAGGCUCACGUGCGCUGUUCAAGGGUCUCGGACCGAACAUUGUCGGUGUCGCGCCUUCUCGGGCGAUCUACUUCUGCGCCUACUCUAAGACGAAGAGCACGCUCAAUGCAGUAAGCAUCAUUCCGGCCAACUCGCCGUUGGUGCACAUCUUGAGCGCUUCGUGCGCCGGUUUCGUCUCGUCGACGGCCACCAACCCGAUAUGGUUCAUCAAGACGCGCAUGCAGCUGGACAGCAACGCCAACGGUCGGAUGACGGUCGGCGAAUGCGUCCGGCGCAUCUACGAGUCGCAGGGCGUGCGCGGCUUCUACAAGGGCAUCACGGCCAGCUACGUCGGCAUCUCGGAGACGGUGAUCCACUUCGUCAUCUACGAGGCUCUGAAGAAGAAACUGCACGAGCUGCGGCAGUCGUCUCCGGCCAAACUGGCAGCGCACGGUGGUGGUGAGUGUGGUGGCAAGACGUCGCGCGAUUUCCUGGAGUUUAUGGCGGCUGGUGCCACGUCCAAGACGAUCGCAUCGGUCGUAGCGUACCCGCACGAGGUCGCUCGCACACGGCUCCGAGAGGAGGGCAACAAGUACCGCAACUUCUGGCAAACGAUACUGACCGUCUGGAAGGAGGAAGGCAAAGCCGGCCUCUACCGCGGUCUCGGUACGCAGCUGGUGCGACAGAUUCCGAACACGGCUAUCAUGAUGGCAACGUACGAGGCCGUCGUCUACGUGCUCACGAAUCCUGCCAGCGCUGGUCUGCUCCCAACCGGAGCUGCCAACUGAGAUUGGGCCGAAGGGCUUCCGGCUCCCUCGUCGCCAACACCGCCGCCGCCGACUGCGACCAUGCAACCGUCUCGAACCGAGCAGCACGAGCACGAUUUUCUACUGAAGGAGGAUGACGCACUUCCGCCGCCUUCGUUGGCCCUGCUUUCCACUGCCUUGGCAACGCUGGUGGACAGUGCCCGGCAGACUACCGCUGCCGAUAGUGUGGAAAAUCUGCAAGUCGCUCCGUCGCUCGAUCGUGGAUCCAGCGGAGUUGAAGGCGAGUUGGAGACGAUCGCCAGUCCUGCAUUGAUCGUGCAUUGUAUUUGUGAUUUCUUCGUAGAUCUGUAAGGUCUAGGGAAGGGAUGAUAUUACUGUGGUUUUUAGUAGCUUUUAAGGUUUGCCGAUAUGAUGAUGUAGAUUGUAGCGUAUUAGAAGAAGAACGACGAAACGUGUAGCGGGAGCCGAUGAAACACGGUUUGAAUGAGUAUUUAUCCGACGAUAGGGAGGGUUGGUGGGAGUAUCCAACGAUAUUACAUCUCGGACACAGAGCAGAGAUCUGGCGAACGAAAACUACUAUUCCUUGCCCCAUGAUACAGGGAAUAGUAGCUGCAUGUUCCGGAGAGGGCGAGAGAGAAAGAGUGGUAACGUGUGGCAGAUUAUUCUGACACAAACUGCACCCAGCCCAUUUAUAGACUGAUUGUUUGAUAAUUGCGCAAAUGGAAUCAAAGAAAUCAAAGAAGAAGGACGGUUUUACGUAAGGGAGAUUUUUCGUUAAGUAAGUUUCGUUCGCUCAUGAUGUGCUUCGUAGAGUCGAUCGCAAUUUAAUAUAUUGUAGAAUUGUCCUUAGACGUUUCUGUUGUAGAUGUUAUGUUAGUGUUAGAAAAGGGCGACCUCUAUUUUUUUUUUAGAGAAAAAACAAUACGCUUUUACUGGUCAGCUAGGGCACAAAAACCAGAAUCAUCAACCAGCAACAAUAGUUUUCCUUUUUUUCUCUCAGGCGAACGUUUAAGGUUUGCUUUCAAUUAAACAAGGAGAGUGAGGGAAAUCCUAUUCAAAUGCAGCGAACGAAGAGCGAGAGUUCAGGGAAAAUUAUAUUAAUUUUUUGCGUAAACUCAGUUGCGCUUCAGUUUUGUGCAGUUCAGCCAACCGGUGAAGGCGUAAGAAGUAGGAGGGUUCGACCUGAAUAGUCCCUAUUCCCCUACCACCUGACCUACGGUUAGGUUGGCAUGUUCCGUUCCUUUGAGCCGAUAGUGUGAGGACACACCAGGAGUGACCUCACUAGAGUCACUUGCCUUUUACGCAUUGCCCGAUCGUAGAAUUGUUUGAUUUACUAUUCCACUAUAGUACACUACUCGACAAAAUUUGGGUGACAUGAAAUACAGGAUUCAAAAGACAUCGCAUCCAAUUAUAAUAAUUGGAAUGUAGAAAUAAUUGAAAUGUAUAAAAUUUGCAAUUGGAUAGCACUAACCGAAUUUUUGGUCUUGAUGAAUAUGAUGUACCGUUUUCGUGUAAUGUAAGGACCACAUAUUUAGCAAUUGGGGUUUCUCCCGUUAAUAUGCACCCAACAAAGUGCGCAAAUUUAGUAAAUUAAGGACCACUGCAUUACAUACCACAUUGGUGAUUGAAUGAUUGAAGCCAUGCAAAGGCGUAUUUUAGUCGGAAAUACCAAAUGAGUCACGGUGUCAUGUAUGAUAAAUGAAAAAUCCUACAAGUGCAACGAGGAUGUUCCUUCGCAAAUGUAAUGUGUUUAUCUCCGGGGCCUCUCUUAUGGCCGGGGAGGCAAUGUGUUAUUGCUUUCCCGUUGACUCGACUGUGCUCGCGUUGGCGUUAGGAAAAUCAUUAGCGACAACGCCGCAUUGGCAGAAUCCCGCUAAAAGAAGCAAAUCGGCAUAAUUAACGUUUUAAAAAUAACCACCAUUCUGUCGAAAGAGCCGUGUUUGCCAAUCACGAAAGGGCAAGUACCCUACAUCGUUCGAUUUGGAACAUGUCCUUGCUAAUCCUUCCGUUUUUACGUGAUUUUUAGUAAACACCAGUCUGCGUCCAAGUCUCAAUGGGGGUCAGUAAUGGUUACUAAAAAUAAAAGUGAUGUGCCAAAACCCACUCUUUGCUAUUCGGAGCGGCGGAGGAACGUUUACUCCGCCUGGCCUUUUUACAGCUUGACGCACGGACGCCGACCUACCCCAAAACAAACAAACAAACAAAAUAAAACAAAACAAAAAAACCCUUUACCGUCUACUUGAGUACAUACGAACGAGGAGUAGGCUACGUUUUUUGUUUUCUCGUCAUUGGACGAAAACAAUUAAGAUGUCGUUUGCCAAUUAGUAGCCGGGGUCGUCCUGGCCCGUUGCCAGGGAGCGAUGAUAUAACGAUGGUUUAAUAACUAUACAGCGCACCCUAGUGGGCGAGACUUAUAAAUGUAGAGUACAAUUAAAAACGAGCCAUAUAGUUUUGCACAAAUACAAGCAAACAAUUUGUUUCUCACAGUGCAACAUUGAUGAAAUAUUCAAAUUACUAUUAGUUGGAUUCCUGUAGUCAUAGUCGAGUGAAAUGAAAUUCCUUCUAGAUCAACAACUGAUAACGAUACUAAAGUAGAAAAAUUAAGCAUAUUCACAACGCAAUAUCAUCUUGAACUGAGCAACCAUUCUGUGUGUGUGUGCAAUGUGAACGAAUUGCUCCUUGUAUGUCCCAUGAACCUGAAACAAGUUAACCAAAAUUCGAGCGAAACGCUAGAAACAAUAUUUAAUAAAAUUAAGAGUUAAAACCAGAAUCAUAUAAUCCUAAUCAACGAACACAAACACACACGAAUUUGCGAAGGAUUUGUAAACCGUGGCGGCAAUCGGGGGAGGAAGACGCUUUGGCUCGUCGUAUGCCGGAUUGCUUUGAUGAUGUCUCUCGCACAAUAUGGAGGACACUUCGGCUUCUUCUUCCCCCCCGUUGCUGGUUAAAUGUUGCUUUACAUUGGAAGAAACAGCCUUCGAUCGGGUAUUGAUAAAAUUUACUAUGAAUACUAUCUAUAUACACCUAAAUACUGCAUACAUAUAUACAAGCAUUAUUGUAGUAAGAAAAUAUUGAAACAAAAAACGAAAAGAAACAAAAAGAAAGCAAACUUUAAAUUUGAAAAAAGAUUGAAACUUCGCCAUCGGAGGAGACGUGUAGGGGAGAGGGGCGCACAAAACAUGUUAUUUUGUUUUCUAUUGUUUUUAUUGAAAUGGAAAAAUAUAUAUACAUACCAAUAAAGUUAAUCCAAACAGAACUUGUCGGA